GUUAUCAGAAUCAUCAAAUGAGUGCUUGUGAGAAUACAUCGUCGUAAACACUCGAGUGGGACGACAGAAUCCACACACACUCGCUGCCGGAAUCAGACGCAGACACCGUGAAGUUCUGCGUUUGGAAAAGCAAUCAAAGAAUGGCAACGCAUCUACUCUCAUCAUCAUCAUCAAGAAUCUGUUCUUCAAGUUUCAAUCAAAUACCCAAUUCAAUUCACGCAUUCAUUCAUCCUGUUAAACCCUAUAAUUUCACUUCAAAUUCUCAAUACCAUAAACGAUGCUGCACUUUUACUAAACUUGCUUGUUUAUGUUCAAAAUCGAGAUUAUUAUGCCAAAGUACCACAACAAAGGCAGUGAUAUCAGAAAUUCCCUACCAGAAUCAGAAAUACUCCAAGAUUGGUGCCCUUUCAGUUGGUCCUAUUCCAUCCGCCAAACUCCUCGAGAGCGUUGAAAUUGCUGCCAAAACUGGAGCUGAGGUUGUGAUGGAAGCUGUAAAUAAGCCUAGAAAUAUCAGCUAUAAAGGACUCACUGAUUUGGUUACCGACACAGAUAAAAUGAGCGAGGCAGCCAUUCUCAGUGUUGUGAGAAAGAAUUUUCCCGAUCACCUUAUUUUAGGAGAAGAAGGAGGCGUCAUUGGAGAUUCAUCUUCUGAUUAUCUUUGGUGCAUAGACCCCUUGGAUGGGACGACAAAUUUUGCACAUGGCUAUCCCAGCUUUGCUGUGUCUGUGGGAGUGCUCUUCAGAGGAAAGCCAGCUGCUGCUGCUGUGGUAGAAUUUGUUGGGGGCGCCAUGUGUUGGAACACACGCAUAUUCUCUGCUGUUGCUGGUGGAGGUGCAUUCUGUAAUGGACAAAAGAUUCAUGUUAGUCAGACUGACAAGGUUGAGCGAUCUCUAUUGGUGACUGGGUUUGGCUAUGAACAUGACGAUCCAUGGGCUACCAACAUGAACUUAUUCAAAGAAUUUACAGACAUCAGUCGGGGUGUGCGAAGACUAGGUGCAGCUGCUGUGGAUAUGUGCCAUGUUGCUCUUGGUAUCGUAGAAGCAUAUUGGGAAUAUCGUCUAAAACCAUGGGAUAUGGCUGCUGGUGUUUUGGUAAUGCUACUUAUCCUCGAGAUAUGCUUUAAAAAAUCAUCCCUAUGCAGUCUUUUGUCUGUUAGCAAUAGAAAAUGUAAACGUUACUGGAGCUGCUAUCUUAGGUUUGCUUCUAUGACACUAAACUCAACCCCAAAUCUUUUAGCCGUUGUGACAAUGAGUAUUGCGUGUGAGUUUAUUGCAAGUGGAUAUUAUAGUUAUAAAUAUAGUGAAGGCUUGAAGCAGUUAUUUCAAGGUAAGAUAGAUGUUGUCAAUCUGAGUGCUAAUCUUGUUGCUUCUCAAAUGCAGCUUCUAGAGAAAAUUGGUAUUGCAACAGAGGAACUAAAAGGCAAGGGAAUCGAUUUCUCUUUAUGGUACAAGCCAGAUGAUUAUAACACAGAAUUAUAAUUGACACAACUUAUUGAUGUUGUUAUUAGCUCAUUUUAUUUCGCUCUCUUUCUAGACUACAGAAUUAAGGUUUAUCGCUCGAUAACCGUUACUUAAACUUUAUGUGAAUUGUAUUUUGUACUUUUAUUUGUUCUCCUAUGUAUACUAUAUAUGUCAAUAAGCAUACAUCAUAAUAGUUUUCUUUUUGUCUGAAA